GAAGAAAAGACGCGUUUGUGGAACGAAAUCAAUUCUAUACCUAUGGAUUUAAUAUCAUCUCCUUUAACUACUGCACCAAUUUCGCAAGCUGCGUCGGAAGCAAAUCUCACUUCAGCUGUUCAUCAUCUUAUCUUAUCUUAUUUGGUUCAUCAUGGAUAUAGUGAUACUGCUAAGACUUUUUCAAGGAAUACUGUACAAUUACCUCAAAUUGAUAACAGUGAAAUGGAAGGGGUCGAAAGUGAAAAUCCAUUACUGGAUAAAGAUAAAGAUAUGAUAAAUCGACAAAGAAUUCGUGACGCGGUACUUGCCGGAGAUAUCGAUCAUGCUAUCAAAUUGACAAAUACUUUUUAUCCUUCUGAUGCCAUGGAUGUAGAUGAAUUUGCAGCCUCAACGAGUGAUGAUUCUAUUGAUGAUCUAUUUGGUGUAUCAUCUGUUAAAAAGAAAACAUCUAAGCGACAAAAAAAUGUUUGGUCUGGAUUACAUGGAUUAGAUGGAAUUAUGGCAGAAGCUUUGAAAUUUGGUUAUAAAUUGCAAGAUGAUUAUCGUGACGAUUACCGUGAUGAAAUAAAGAACACAUUAAAGGACGCGUUUUCAUUAUUGGCAUACACUGACCCACGUAGGAGUUGUGUAUCACAUUUAUUAGAUCCAUCUGGACGUGAACCUGUUGCAAACUCUUUAAAUAGCGCUAUUUUGGUUUCACAAGGUAAACCUGCGAUACCACCACUAGAGAAAGCUUAUCGCCAGGCUUCAGUGGUUCUCCGUGAACUAUCUAGAAAUAGUGUUGGUUCCAGUGCCUUUGUUAAUGUGCGACAAGAUUGCUUAGUUUAA